AAAUCAGCUGUUGGCAUUCAACCCAAGUGUUUCGGAUUUUUCUUGAACAUUUUCCUUGAUUUCGGUUAAAUGAGAAAAGCACUGUUGGGACAUUUGCGGCAGCGGGAAGUGGCAGGCGCGGCGGGUCUGAUUGACGUCGUGACCUAACUAAAUAAUCCCCGUCUGGAAGCCUGGUCUUGACGCGUCUGGUCUGGUCUGGCAUUCCCAUUUCAGUCCCAAUCGCACGCUUCCAACCUCACAUCCCUUUGUUUCUCACAAUUAGUUUAGACUGAGUGUCACACCCAGGCGUAUUGGGCAUUCACACCAAUUAAACUCAGACGUGUCGCGCUGUCAAGUCAGGUCUGGGCAAAUUGUUCUCCUGCCAAACACCCGCGGGGUUGGACGGGAACCCCAUCUUACAUCCGACCACCCCCAGCAGUCACGUACUUCCGUGACUCUGUAUCGCAUUCAUCACAGCUCGACACGCAACAUCUGAAACUCAGCUGAGCAAAGACAUCAUGUCUUACAGAAUUGAGAUCUCACCCAACAACCGCGCUGCUUGUCAAGAUGCGGUGUGCAAGAAGGAAGGCAAGAAGCUCACGAAAGGUGAGAUUCGCUUCGGCGUCUACGUCACUCUACCGGGCGGUAGUGAUGGCCACAGCAGCUUCAAAUGGCGACACUGGGGCUGCGUGUCGGGCAAGUCCAUUGCCAACCUGCAGAGUAACAUUAAAAGGGGCGAUGGCUAUGAAUGGGACCGCAUUGAUGGAUAUGACGAGCUUGACGACCAUCCCGAUGUCCAGGAGAAGAUCCGACGGGUCAUCGCUCAAGGUCAUAUUGACCCCGAGGACUUCAACGGGGAUCCCGACUUCAACAAGCCAGGUCAGACUGCCAUCCGCGGCCGAGCUAAGAAAGCUAAAGCGGGCGAUGAAGAUGAAGAGGGAGGUGCUGAUAAAGCUAGCCCCAAGAAAGGCGCCAAGCGUGGCCGCAAGCAGGUUGAGGAUGAGGAUGAGGAUGAGUCGGAAGAGGUUCAGCCCAAGGCCAAGAGGGCUAAGAAAGCUGUCGUGAAGGCCGAUGGUGACGCGCCGGCUCCUGCUGCCAAGGGUAAGAGGGGCAAGCGGUCCGCAGUCAAGGCCGAGGAGGACGAAGAGGAAGAGCCUGCUCCCGCUUCCAAGAAGAAGGCUGUUCGCAAGUCCAACGGCGCUUCCAAGCCCAAGCGAGGUCGCCCGAAGAAGGCUCAAGAGGAAGACGAGGACGACGAGGACUGAAUACUCUAUUCGCCGACCCACCUGGUCUGCUGGAGACGAACAUGCCUGGCCGACAAGGCCGACAUGACGACUGUAACAAAAGUGGGUUUUGCCGUUGGUUGCUCGUUUGCAGGUAUGGCGUUCGAGGGUAUCUGCAGACCCCUGACUUGCCGUGUAACAAGCCACACGAACAAGGAUAAUAUGUGGCGCCUUUUCUUUUCACGAUACCUUGAAUUUCUCUAGGGAAUAUGGUUAUGUAAUAUUAGUGAUUUGUUAGGACAAAAAGUUUGCUCUGCGCAGGUGUGGUAAACAAAUGACGAAUUUAACUCCUGCCGUACUUUGUGU